AUGCUGGCCGACAAGAGGGACAACAUCAUGGCCUGGUUGCAGGCGGUGCGGAAGCCGCCGUGGAUGUCCGACAGUUCGACACCGUCCGUGCCUCCUGUGCCUCCUGUUCCCCCGGUGCCACCGCUGUUACGUCCCUUCCCGGUAUUCAACGCCAACGAUGUGAAUCGCGGCCAGCCGUUGCCUCCGCCGAACGCGGCAUCGGGGUACCAGCUACCGGACAGCCCGUACGUUUGUCUAAGCAGGCAGGGCGACCGGGUCCGACCGGACGCCGCCUCAUCCAGUAGUUACUCCGCUCCCAGUGAAGCGGAGGCCACAAGACAACAGAUGCCUUGCCCGCCGACGCCAGCGAAGUGGCCUCUUCGUCCAGUGCUCAAGAGCGCGCAGGCGUACCGGAAGCAGGCUGCAGACGCGGGCAAGCGAACGCAGCAGCAGCAGCCGCCGGGAAGAGCCCCGAAGCUCGGCCCUGUGCCGAAAGCGUUCGCCGCCCGUGAGGACACCGUGGUCAGGUUCCUCUUGCUCAAAGCCCGGGACCUGGACCCCGUGGACGACAGGGAGUCCUGCUACCCUUACGUAGUCUUCAAGCUGGGCAACGAGAAGUACGUCAGCAAGGUCAUUGAAGACACUAAUGAUCCGGUGUGGAAUGAGCCGUUCGACAUUUUCGUGCCGGUGGGUAACAGCCUCCUCCUUCAAGUCAUGGUCAUGGACAAGGACCCCGCGGCCACAUCCGACUUCAUCGGCAGGUUCAACAUAAACCUCGCCGACUACCAGUACGGCUCCAUGUACGAGGUGAAGCAGGACUUGGACGACAACGCCGGCAUGAUCAAGUUCCGCAUGGCCUUGGAAAGAGUGGGCGUUAAGGACUUCGCCGAGGUCUGCGACAUCCCUACACGGGCGACGCUGGCACUCAUUCGGAAACGCAUCUCGGACGUCUAUGAACGUUGGAGCGUCGGAGGCGAGGUACAUGACGUCGGCGAAGUCAUCGUUUUAGCGCACCGGGCCAGCACCAUUGCGCCGCCACACAGCGAAAGCAACCUGAAUGCAAUCUGCGUGGUCGAACUGUCGCCGAAGAUGCUGUGGAACAAGGGCGACCCCAAGACCGUCAACCCCACGUGGAGCACCAUGUACCGCUUGAAGGUGACGGACAUCCACGCCGUGCUCCAAGUGACCGUGCUCACGGACGUCAAGAAGCAGGAGUUCCUCGGCACCGUGGCCUUCCCACUGAUAUCGGUGGACUCUGGAAAGAAGCAGUGGUUCGCGCUCAAGGACCAGAACCUCGACAAGACCACGGGAGGAUUUAUCCUGCUCGAAAUAGACCUCAUAUACAAUCCGAUGAAAGCUCUGAUAUGCUGUUUCAAGGACAAAGGUCCCGGUCCACCGGCGCUCAACGACACUGAGCUGACGAGGGCUGCCCUGACCCGGAACAUGUCACGUCUGAAGGCGCUGUACGAGCGCUACAAGCGGAUACGGGAUUAUUUCCUCGGCUGCUUCAACUGGGAGUCCAUCCCGCGGUCCAUCAUCUCCCUCGUGUUAUUUCCAGACGACGGCCAGCAGAGCGAAGAGGACAGCUCUCGGCAGUCUCUCAAGGCCAAGCUGGUGCGGCUCCAGGAGCUGGCAGCCACCAUGCAGAACACCAUGGGCACGGUGGCCUCGUACGGCGAGCGGCUGCUCAACACAAUCAUGUUCGCCGAUCCGUUCGUCUCGAGGAUGUUCCUUGGCAUGUUCCUGGCUGCAGGCUUCGCGGCCUACAUCGUUCCGGCACGCUACUGGAUCCUCAUGUACGUGCUCCGGAGGUAUUCACGAGGUUUCAUCAUCCGGUUCGGCGGCGUCAAGGAAAGCGGCUAUGACCUGCUCAACCUGUUCAACAGGACGCCCGAUAACUUUGAGAAGUCACGGUACAGCACGGCCCUGCCCGACACGGACACUGUUCCGAAAGGCACGUUCGCCGUGGAAUCAUCAUUCUCGUUGAAGUCCCUGAAGCGCCUGUUUUCGUGACCGCUAAAAGCGCACACGACUGCGAGCCGCCAGCAUGGUGGUCGGGCGGGGCACGUCUUCGGGACAUUGAAGAGGGUCAUCGGCACUUCGGGACACUGCACCGCGUCGUGUGACCGGACUGAUGAGCCAUAUGUUUGUGCCACCUUUCAGCUGUGCUCUCGCGAGUUGGACAGAAUAUUAAGCGUUUCGUCCAUCGACUUGCUUCCGCCUUUCUUUUCUUUAGCGAUUGAAGAGA